UUGUUCAUUACAAACUCAGACCGAACAUGGCUCGUCUCGCAGCUUGCUUUCUUCUCCUCUCUCUCUCUCUCAUUGCUUCCUGCGUCGCAGGUCAAGACCCUGAGCUAGUUGUACAAGACGUACACAGAAGCAUCAAUGCCUCCAGAAGAAAUCUAGGGUAUUUAUCGUGUGGAACCGGCAAUCCUAUUGACGACUGUUGGAGGUGCGACCCGAACUGGGAGAGGAACCGGCAGAGGCUGGCCGAUUGCGCCAUCGGGUUCGGCAAGGAUGCCAUCGGCGGAAGAAACGGUCGAAUCUAUGUGGUCACUGAUUCCGGCGACGAUGACCCGGUAAACCCUAAGCCAGGAACUCUGAGAUACGCCGUUAUCCAAGACGAGCCGUUGUGGAUUAUCUUCAAGAGAGACAUGGUGAUAACUCUGAAGCAAGAGCUGGUGAUGAACUCCUUCAAGACCAUUGACGGAAGGGGAGCGAGUGUUCACAUUGCCGGUGGGGGAUGCUUAACAAUACAUUACGUGAGCAACAUUAUCAUUCACGGCAUUCACAUUCAUGACUGUAAGCCCACCGGUCAUGCCGAUAUCAGAGACUCUCCUCGCCACUAUGGGUGGUGGACAGUGUCGGACGGUGACGGAAUCUCCAUAUUCAAUUCCAGGCAUGUAUGGGUUGACCAUUGCUCCCUCUCUAAUUGCCACGACGGUCUCAUCGACGCUAUCCAUGGAUCCACUGCCAUCACCAUCUCCAACAACUACAUGACCCACCAUGAUAAGGUCAUGCUCUUGGGCCACAGUGAUUCUUACACUCAAGACAAGAACAUGCAAGCCACUAUCGCCUUCAACCACUUCGGAGAAGGCCUUGUCCAGAGAAUGCCAAGGUGUAGGCACGGGUAUUUUCAUGUGGUGAACAAUGACUAUACACACUGGGAAAUGUAUGCGAUUGGUGGGAGUGCUAAUCCUACCAUAAACAGCCAAGGGAAUAGGUUUCUUGCACCAGACAACAGGUUUAGCAAGGAGGUGACGAAGCACGAGGAUGCUUCAGAAGGAGAGUGGAUGAGCUGGAAUUGGAGGUCAGAAGGUGACCUGUUCUUGAAUGGAGCUUACUUCAGGCAAUCUGGUGCUGGUGCUUCUUCAAUCUAUGCUAGGGCUUCAAGUCUCAGUGCAAGACCGUCUUCUCUGGUCGGCUCCAUGACCAUGACUGCAGGUGUGCUUACAUGCAGGAAGGGCGUCCGUUGCUGAUAUAUAAACUAACUGCUGGGGAAGCAAAGAGGAAGUUAACUACUAGGAACCAGAAAAAUUCUGUAAUUGGCUUUUCAUUUCCCAGCAGUUCUUUAGCUAUUUAUUUAUUUUACAAGUUGCAACCUCUAGUUUUUUCUCUUCAAAAAGGGCAUACAAUUAUGUGGUGCGCGAGUACGUAGCAUCAUAAAUAUAUAUAUAUAUAUAUAUAUAUUUUGACAAUCUGGGUUGUGCAAUGGGAAGCAAGUACACCAAGUGUUGUUGGUUUUGA